GUUAACAGGAAAACCAGGCCUCGGCCUGUGUAUCUGGAAAAAUAUUCGUCAAUCAUGGACUUUAUAAAAUAUAAAUAUGAAACAGCUGACAGUGUUCUACAUGUAAUAAGCACUCACCACGCGAUUUCGUUUAUUAGGACAUGAGGAAAUGAUGGCUUUCCACAACAGUGGUGAAAUAAAGAUUAUUUGUUUGAAAUAAGGAAUUGUGAGGAAUCAAACAAGUGUCAAGUCUAAUAAAGGAAAACAAAAGAUACCAAAAACAAUUUGAUUAUUUUCGUAAACAUCACACAAACAUUGUAAGUGCAGAACAAGUAAUAUUACGACAACUAGGGAAACAAAAUGUCCGAGUCGUUUGUAAAUACCUCACCAAUGUAUUCAUCCAGUAUUAGUCUAUCAACGGAUAACCUGACCACGGAACCGUCCAAUUCCAACGCAACUGUUGAAAUACCUGUUUUUCAACCACGUCCAGUUUAUGUUUUCAUCAUAUGGUUUAUAUUCGGUUUCAUUGGAAACUGUACUGCCGUAGCUAUUCUUUUUCGAAACAGGAGAAAACACAAAUGGAGAAUAUUUUACAGACUGGUGUUCAUGUUAGCAGUGUCAGAUUUCACAGGUCAGCUCAUCACGAUUCCAAUCAUGUUCGCAACAUACUCAAACAGAGACAUUCUUGUGACUGGAGAAACACUCUGCAACUUUAUGUCAACAAUAAUAAUCAUGACGUCGCUGAUGUCCGUUCUACUGGUCUAUCUUAUGUCUAUAGAUCGCGUCAUAGCAAUCUGGUUCCCAAUUUUCUACAGAAACAGAAUCACAAUCCUACACAUGUGGAUAGCAGUAGCCCUCGUCAUUACAACAGCUCUCGUUGUAGGACUUCUACCGACCUUUCGAGUUAACACACACAAGUUACAAAAAGAAGGGACGUGGUGUUUCGUUGAUCUUCAACCAACAGAACCAGGAGAUCAGUUUUUCCUAUACCUUUGCGCGUCCAUUGGCAUGGUAGCGGUACUUUCAAUGUUCAUAAUGAACGUACUGGUGGUAUGUCGAUUGUGUCAUGUGUACAAAAGGAAGACGGGUCCUGGGAGUUGGAUUGCAACACCAAACUCUAAUACGGGAGUUAAAAACGUACAAAACAUCUGUUUCUUGAUUAUUAUCAUGGCAGUAUUUAUGUCGUCAUGGAUUCCAGUCAUUAUAAGGUUUUUUAUCAACGCCGUUAGAUUGUCCGUUAUUGAUUAUGAAAAGACAAAGCAUGCUGUAGCGAUCACCGUCACGCAUCAAGUCCUAAACCCGUGGAUAUACAUCAUCAUGCAGGAUUGUCUUUUCUCCCGUUGCCUGGAAUAUGGAAGGAAGCACAGCAAACGAGGAAGUAUCUUCCACCGGAUUUUGGGGGACUACGAAACUAAACACCAGGAAACUAGCUUGUAGAUGAUGCUCUCAUGUGUGACCUAGAUACAGAUGUGUAAAGCUCCUUCAGUUUGAUUGAGAUAAAUUCAACCAGUGAUACUUUCAUAUUUUUUGAAAUAGAAAUCAAAAUUAAUUCUGGAAUCGAAAUCGAUAUGAUCAUCUUCAGAUAAUUUACAUAGGUAUGGAUAAUACAUGUACGUUCAUACUUCUAUAAAUAUUAAAAUAAUAAAUUCAAUGCAUCAUUAAGCUGACAAUGUUUGUUAAAAAUACGAUGAAUCAGAUACUUGUACACCGAAAAUUUAUUUGUACUGAAUAUUUACAUAUACGCGUGCAAACAAAUACGGGACGAAUUAAGGUAUAGGGAGUGUCCGUAUAAUAUCGUUUGAAUUCGAAGAAACUUGUACGAUAUACAUAGACUAAGUCUAAGUUUGAAUUAAGCGGAACAUUUAAUUAUUUGCUCUCUGAUUGGAUGACCGGAUUCGGAUAAACAAAUAUUUGUCAUAUAGUACAAAAAGGCUGAGUUUAUAGUUGGGCAAAACCUGUGCAUAAUGAAAAUGCAAAUUGCGCUCUUAUGGUCAAAUAUCUCAGCUCAAUGACCUAUAAGAGAUAACCGAGUUAUUGACAUUGGCCAAUAUUAAAAUAAAGUACGCCAAUCAUUAAUGCGCAUUAGGAAAUUACUUUUUAAAAUGUUUAAGAUAAUUCUCUUAUAGGGAAAGGGGCAGUUUUUCCAAAUUUGUUUUCUUAUUCUGUCAAAUAUAAGGAAGCAUAUUCUAUACAAAUACAAGUGCUUUUAACGAAUUGAAUGAUAUAUGAUACAUAUUCCUUCAACUUAAAGGAUGACAUGCUAUUUAUAUUUCAAAUCAUAGAAAUGAUUCCAAUUAAAAGGAAAAUACAGUGAAUAUGUUCCUCAACAUUUUUUUCAUUUUAAUAUUUUUAGCAUUUCAAAAUUUGUCUUUUGUUUAAUACACGAAUGCAUCAGAAGUUUGAAAGUUUGGCAUGGAACGGGUGUAUAAUGUUCGGCAACUGUGCUACUCUUCAAAUAAGAAAAUAUUUGAAGGACAGUUGGAAUAUAAUAACGGUACCGACUCGUACCAGAGAGGUUUUGGUGGAGUCGUUUUAUUCACGAGAGAUUAACUCCUUGCUAUAACUAAUAUUAUGUAUACUGGCGAUACACACACAAAAUCCAAACUCAAAUGCGACACAAAGAGAUAGCGUUACAAAUGUCAUCGAUAUUCAGUGAAGAAUCGUCAUGAACUGUAAAUAUACCACGUGAUCUCAUCCUAACUGAAAUUCCACGCAGAUAACAAACAUGUUGGUGAUUGAGUUUAAAAAUGAAUAUAGGAGAGUCAUAGGGUUAAGGAAUCAAGUUAUUAUACUUAAAUCAUUUUCGUCUUGUUAUCAAGUAUGGAAAACGCAUUUCAUACACAGUUAACACAAACAUGAUAUCUUAUUAUAACCGUGAUAUAUCUAAAAUGAGCUUAACCAUAUGUAUUUUGCAUGUCUGCUACUGUUUAACAUAAACAAUACAAUAUAAACAUACCAAUUUUUUUCCCUGACGCAUAUAUACCAUAAUUGAAUACAUUUCGAUACCUAUAUUUUUUUUCUUACAGUUCAUGAAGUCGAUUAUUACAUUUUUUGUAAGUGAAAUACAAGGUUUUACAGUGGAAUUUUAUAAAAAAAAUCUACUGUGAAAAAUGACACUAUUUUGUCACUUAAUUAACCAAUCAGAGAAAACAGUUUUGUAUGACAAUCAGAAAAUAAUGGACUUGUAAAAUCUUGCGUCACUGACGCCCCGACGUUUUCUAAUUAUGGCUUCGCAAAACAGCAUUUGUAUCAACAUAUUUGGCCUGAAAUCUGUUCACAGAAGCCAACUUCUAUAUAAAAUAGCAAUAAACAAAUUCGUCGUGUGUUAGUAAAUAAGUUACAUUUCAACACAAAUAAGAUAUAUUUCAUAUUUUCACACCUGUAACACGCACGUGAAAAAUAUUGAAAUAUUUACAUGCUCGUGAAAAUUUACUUAUUCAUUAGGAAAACAAGUGUCCUGUUGAUCUUUAUUCAAUUCAUGUUGUUAUCUUUCCUUUUCAUUGUGGAUUAAAAUUGGU